GUUUAUCAUUUUAGACGUGCUUAAGAUGUUUUUAAAUUAAGUUCAGUUUUCUUUUUAAUGUUGAAGAUGGUGCAUUUUGAAAUUUCGGGCAAAGUUGGCCUGGUUACAGGCGGUGCCUCUGGUUUAGGCCUUUAUUAUGCCAAAGCCUUGUUGGGAAAAGGUGCUAAGGGGGUUACUUUGGCUGAUUUAGAUCCUAAAGUAGGUCAGCAAGCUUUAGCAGAAAUAGAAAAGGAGUUUGGUGAAAAUAAGGCCGUUUUUGUUAAAUGUGAUGUUACUGAUUACAAUCAGUUCGAAGAUGCAUUUAAGGAGACCAUCAAAGCAUUCGGGAAUAUUGACAUUUUAAUAAACAACGCCGGCAUUAUGAACGAUUCUGUAUGGGACAAGGAAGUAGACAUUAAUGUUAAAGGAGUUAUCAAUGGAAUGCUCCUUGGCCUAGAUAACUACAUCCCUAAACAUAAAUCAGGUGCAGAAGGAGUCAUCCUGAACGUUUCUUCUACCGCAGGAGUAGGAAAGUAUGGUUGCUUACCAGUUUAUGUGGCAACGAAGUUUGCUGUCCAUGGUUUAACCCUUUCGUGGGGUUUACCAAGCCACUAUGAAAGAACCAAAGUGAGGGUGGUGGGAAUAUGCCCUGGACCGACUGAUACACCUCUGAUAAGAGACAUGGCAUGUAGAAAUUUGGGGGAUGCCUAUGAGAAAAUCCGUCAGGAGGAAGUUAAAGUUAUGAAGUCUCAAACGCCCGAACAAAUGGUUCCGGAUGUAAUGAGGGUUAUCGAAACGGCCCCGUGUGGUACCAUGUGGUUAAUGGAGGGUGGCGAGCCUGCUUAUCAAUACGAAAUGGUCGACAGAUUCGAAAUGGAGAAUAAGAAAUAUCUUGGCAAAUAAUCAGUCUUGGAAUAUGGAAAUAUUUGAAAUUUAUUUGGUUUUAUAUAAAAAAUAAUAAUUUGAAUGAACUUUUAAA